AUGACACGCGGCAUCCUGUUCUUGGUGGUAACCCUGGUAGUCAGUAGUGCGACUGCUCUAUGGCCUCAACCUCAGAGUAUAUCAACCGGCUCUAAAGCUCUCAAGAUAUCACCUUCCUUCCAUAUCACCCUCUCUGGAAUCAAAAACGCUCCUAAAGACCUUCUCGACGCGAUUUCGAAGACCAAAGACAAUAUCGCGAAUGAUAAACUCGAACGGCUCGUCGUUGGUCGUGGUGCUGUAGAUGCAGAAGCUGUUGCGAAAAGUGCCGAGUUGAAUGAGCUCGUGGUGUCUCUGGAGCACGAUGGCAAAGUUCGAAGUAUUUCAGAAGAAGCAGUCGAUGCGAUUGAGAACAGAGUUGAAGGAUAUAGCCUUACUGUUCCUGAAGAUGGGUCAGCGGCUACUCUCAAAGCGAAUUCAACACUUGGGCUAUAUCGAGGAUUGACGACGUUCCAGCAGCUAUGGUACUUCUGGGAUGGGAGGGUCUACUCCGUGGACGCACCUUUUCAAAUUCGAGACUCUCCCAAAUAUCCUUAUCGUGGACUUAUGCUCGACACCUCCCGGAACUACUUCCCGGCUGAAGAUAUCAAGCGUACUUUGGAUGCCAUGAGCUUGGUCAAGGUACGGACCAUAUGUUCAUCUCCUGUUCUCCCAUCCGUUCAUGUGUCCGUCCUAUUUCAGCUUAAUUCCUUCCACUGGCAUGUUGUCGACAGCCAGAGCUUCCCACUCCAAGUUCCGGGAUUCAUGGAAUUGUCCGAAAAAGGUGCCUACUCACCUUCCUCGGUGUACACUCCAGAAGUCGUGAAGGAUAUCGUUGCUUAUGCCGCCGCACGCGGUAUCGACGUGAUAGCCGAGAUCGACACUCCGGGACAUACCGCCGUCAUCGCCAAGGCCUUCCCCGAACACAUCGCCUGUAACGAAAAAACUCCAUGGACCACGUACGCCAACGAACCUCCCGCUGGCCAGCUCCGCCUUGCCUCUGACGCAACUGUCAAGUUCACUGCUAAUCUCAUUGAAGCUGCUUCUUCCUUGUUCCAAUCCAAGUUCUUCUCGACCGGGGGAGAUGAAGUGAAGCAAAGUUGUUACAGAGACGAUGAAGAGACUCAACAACAGCUUAAUGCGAGCGGGAAGACUGUGGAAACUGCGUUGAACGACUUUAUGAAGGCUACCCAUGAAGCGUUGCAUAAGAACGGGAAGACGGCUGUUGUAUGGCAAGAGAUGGUUUUGGAACAUAAGAUCGAGUUGAGGAACGAUACUGUGAUCUUCGUCUGGAUUUCUUCUACUGAUGUCAAGGCUGUCGCACAGGCAGGCUUCCGGCUCGUUCAUGCUGCAUCUGAUUACCUUUACCUCGACUGUGGUGCUGGCGAAUGGCUUGGGAACGACCCCACUGGAAAUAGUUGGUGUGAUCCUUUCAAGACGUGGCAAAGAUCAUACAUCUUCGAUCCAACUGCCAACUUGACCGAAUCUGAAUCUAAACUUGUCUUGGGCGGUCAACAGCUCCUCUGGACCGAACAAUCCGGUCCUCAAAAUUUGGAUUCUAUAGUAUGGCCUCGCGCAGCAUCAUCUGCAGAAGUAUUUUGGUCUGGUAUAGGAGGGAAUAUCAGUCAGGCGUUGCCGAGGUUGCAUGAGGUUGGGUAUAGGUUGAAUCAGAGAGGUGUGAAGGCUAUUAAUUUGCAGCCUUUGUGGUGCGCGUUGAGGCCUGGGGUUUGUGAUUUGACUGCUUAAGCGCUGGCCAAAACUUCAAUAUUUCAAUAGUUAAGGCCCCCAUAAUAGCCGUGAGAAACGGGCCUUCGAGGCCAUCUACGGUUCCUAGGUAACCCGAACUACAUCCCUACCUUCCCCUACUAGAGCCUGUCCCCAUACCAUUUUCUAUCAUGGGUAGGAGAUACACAAGAUAUACAACAAGAUGCAGCAAUA